UGUUCUCUUUGACUCGCCGUAGUUUAACUGCCACGUGACGAGAACGGCUUAUAAAUAGAGGUGCGCCAUACGUUCGCCUCUAGGACUGAAGGAAAGAGCGAAGAGUAACAUGGCGUCAACGAGUCGUGGAGAAUCUCUGGCCUUACCCAAAGUUCAGUGUCCCAACCAUCCUGAUGCGUUACUGGUGGAGGACUACAGGGCAGGCGACAUGAUUUGUCCUGAAUGUGGCCUUGUUGUUGGUGACCGUGUGAUCGACGUGGGCUCUGAGUGGAGGACGUUUUCUAAUGAGAAGGCUCUCAAAGAUCCAUCCAGAGUGGGAGACGCUCAGAACCCCCUGCUCAACGGAGGAGACCUGACCACCAUGAUCAGCAGGGGAACGGGCGCGGCCAGCUUCGAUGAGUUCGGCAACUCAAAGUACCAGAACCGGCGGACCAUGAGCAGCUCUGACCGGGCCAUGCUGAACGCCUUCAAAGAGAUCAGCACCAUGGCGGAUCGCAUCAACCUGCCGAGAAACAUCGUAGACAGAACAAACAACCUGUUCAAGCAGGUUUAUGAGCAGAAGAGUCUGAAGGGUCGAGCCAACGAUGCCAUCGCCUCAGCCUGCCUCUACAUCGCCUGCAGGCAAGAGGGUGUACCAAGGACAUUUAAAGAGAUCUGCGCCGUCUCCAGGAUCUCAAAGAAGGAGAUCGGCAGGUGCUUCAAGCUGAUCCUGAAGGCUCUGGAGACCAGCGUGGACCUCAUCACCACGGGAGACUUCAUGUCCCGCUUCUGCUCCAACCUGGGCCUGCCGAAGCAGGUGCAAAUGGCCGCCACCUUCAUCGCCAGGAAAGCCGUGGAGCUGGACCUGGUGCCCGGCAGGAGCCCCAUCUCGGUGGCCGCUGCAGCCAUCUACAUGGCCUCCCAGGCCUCCGCUGAGAAGAAGACCCAGAAAGAAAUCGGCGAUAUUGCUGGCGUUGCCGACGUCACCAUCAGACAGUCCUACCGACUCAUCUAUCCACGCGCAGCAGAACUUUUCCCUCCAGACUUUAAGUUUGACACGCCUGUUGAUAAACUGCCUCAACUGUGAACUAGACUCCGCCUACUUAUUGCUGAAGUUUCUCUGCUGUACAUUGUUUUGUUGGUUUAGGGUUUGAAUAUUCUUUGGUUGUGCUCAAAAACAAGCAGCCUUCAGGGAGGCACUGUGACAGGAAUACAGCGGACACACAUUCCAGAGCUUGAAUAAACAGCUUGCAGACUGUA